AUGAGAAAAAAAAAUUACGAAGACACUGACUCAGACAGUACGGUGGAGGAAACACUGGUAAUGCUAAACCUUCCUCAGUUAAAUAAUGAUGAAAGAAAAUUAAAAAAUUUAAAUAUUUAUCGUAAGAAAAAAGGAGAAAAAAUAUAUAGAGAGAAUGAAAUGAGCAUCAAUAAAAAGGAAAAUUAUGAAAAGAAACUGAUAUCCUCCAAGGGCGAGAGAAAAGUUAACAAACUAGGGAACCAAAACAAUUUAAAAAUUGAUUUAACGAACCAUGAAGGGCAUACAGGAGAUACACUAAUAAUUGAUGAUGAUACAGAAAGAAUUCAAAGCUUUUCUCCAGGUGACACUGUAGAUAUGGAAAAUGCAUAUCCUUCUGUGCGCGAAAUUAUGCAAGGAGGGGAUAACAAAAAUAAUGGGGACAAAAAUAAUAUGAACAAAAACGGUACACAUGUAAAUCAAUCUAUGCGAGACGAGGUAGAUAACAUACCAUUCGAAAUCGACAAUAUAUCUUUAAAGAAUUUAUUUGCUGAAUGCCCUGAAUGUAUAAUAAAUAACAAAUACAAAUUUAAGGGUAUUCAUACAUCAAGUAUUGGAACGAACUUUUUUUUCAAAGAACCAGACAGCUUAAAAAAUAAAAGCAGUUUAACAAAUUACGAAUUGUCCUACGAUCCUUUCGAUACAAAUAUAAAAAAUGAAAAUCAAAUGAGCAGGGAUGAUUUUAGUAUGUAUGAGGGAUAUUCAACCAAAAUAAUAUCCUUCGAAAUAGAUCACUAG